AUGGCGAACCAGGUUCUAAGAGCUAUCAGAGUAUCUGCUCCUGGAUCAAUGGUUCUGUUGUUGCCAAUGGUGAGGGCAAAUGAAAUGGAUGACAGAUUCAAACUAAAGCCAAAAGAGUUACCCAUCUAUGAAGGAAGUUUUAUUAAUUCACCAGAAUACAAAUUUGAAUUACAAAAAACAAAUGCUGUUCAGGAUGCCAUUAGUGUCUGUAGACAACGUGUAUGGAAGGUAGCAGAGUCAAUGCAGGGCACAAUAGAUAAAACAAAAGAAGUCUGUAACAAAACGCAGUCCGUAUCUAAAGAUGUUAUUGAAUAUGCACAAACAGAGGAGGGUAUUGUUCCUCGUUUAGUUGCCAUAUCAAUGGCUGGUGUUUUAGGCGUGUUUCUUGGUGCUAAGGGUGGAACAGCAAGAAAACUGAUAUAUGCCGGUGGGUUAAUGACUGCCACAGCAUCGCUAUGUUACCCUAAGCAAUCAGUGGAGAUUGCACAGAAGGGAUACAGAAAAACAGCUGAUAAAGCUAUAGAGAUAUAUGAGCAACAGAAAACGAAACGUUCACAGAAAAAAACACAAAGCAGUCCACCAAAAAAGGUUGAGAGUAGACCAGCUCCAGUGAAAGCUGAGCAGCCAUCAACACCAAAAGUAGAUCAUGGUCAAUCAAAGCCAGAAGAUAAAGAUAUGUAUACGACUAGAGGCUAAAUCACAUACAAAUAUCUACUUGUGUGACCCCGAGAACCUUUCUAAAUGAUUUGAUUAUUGUUUUUCUUCAUUAAAUUAUAAGCAUCCCAUAAUUUCAGUGAUUUACUAGGUACCAUAUUUGAGCAUGGAAUUAUUACAUAAUGAGUAAGAUAUAUAAUGUGUAAUGCUUUAAAUCUACAUGCAUAUUUUACAAAAUAAAUCAUCAUUUUUGCAAUGUUUUUCGAAAAUACUUUAUGUGUCCAGAGUGGUUUGUAAAGCAAAGGUGUUUAUGAUGUCACCAUGCAGGUUUUCAGAUCAAUACUUUUCUGUAACAAAUAUUGGGUGACAGGGACAGAUUUAGGGGAGGGGGCAACCCAUUUUGACCAGUUACUGCUCUCGUAACCUACACGUUUUCGCUUGAUGUUAUGUUUGACAUUGUACUAUAGUAUCAUCUUGUUAAGUUUUAGGAUGAGGCCAUUUAAUAUUAUGUAUUUAAAAUUAUUCGCAUUUCAUUCUUAUGUAUACAAUUAAUUUUAUUUUUGUUCAAUCAAUGAAUUAAUGAUUGCAUUUAUGCCACAUGUGAACACAUAGCAUAAAACAACAAGCAAUGAAGAAUAAAAUUAAAAAAAAACACACAAUGAAAA